GUCUAGACAUAAAUAAUGAAAGUUGACGUGAUGUACAGACACCGGACAGCACCGGAUUUGUUCGGUAGUUUCCGUAUGCAAAUAACACGUGGUUUUGCCGUCCAUAACUUUGUGCAUGUGCAAGCGCGCACGCGCACGCAGCCGGUGACGCCAUAUUUUUCUCUCGUGUCGAGUGAGGAAUACAUCAUGGCAUCUCAGAACUACUUCGGUUUUACUCAUGGCGGUACACAGUACACCCAACCACAGCAGAGUGGCUAUGCCCAGCACACGGCCCAACAAACAGGGCACGUCUAUCAGGCAGCAACUCCUGUAGCCGCCCACCAGACUACCUACGCCUCCACGGCCACCCCUAGACAAACCCAGGCAGCCUCUGGCUACGAGACGGGGUACGCGACUGUGGCAGCUACACAUCAGACGGGGCAGUAUGGCUAUGGCACCCAACAGCGUCAGGAUGCCCAAACACCCUCACCCGCGACGUCCCAAACCUAUCGUGAGUCAUACAACUACGUGCAGUCUACCCCGGCUGCCACGUCCUACGAGAAGCAGUCCUACUAUCAGCAGCCUCAGGCUCAGCAGACGGCCACCGAUUCCUACUACCAACAAGCCAACAAGUAUGGCAAGACAGCUGCAACCAAACAGACGGCGUACCCCAACACUGGCUCAGCAUCGGCCUACACCACCCACCACCAAGCUGCUGUCCAGAAGCCCGCGCAGACCAAGACGGUUGUGACCUACGCGUAUGCCCCUCAAACCACGACUCCAACGUACGCGAACACCCCGGCCACAACCUCCUACACUGCCAAGGAGCCAGCUGCCGCAGCAGCCGCCAAUUCGUAUUCCAGCUAUGACUCCCUGGUAUACUCUGCAGCCAGUUCUUACUACCAGCAGCAGCAGCAGGGCAAGAUGGGCGGCUCCAGCUGGGGCUUCAAGGGCGGCAACAACAAGCCCAACUACACCCAGAACAAGUUUGUGCAGAAGAAGGACCGCAUGCCGCCCAAGCAGCCCCAGAUCCACUACUGUGAGGUCUGCAAGAUCAGCUGUGCUGGACCCCAGACCUACAAGGAGCAUCUGGAAGGUCAGAAGCACAAGAAGAAAGAGCAGAGCCAGAAGGAAGCACCGGGCCGGCCGGGCAUCGCCCUCCGCUGUGAGCUCUGUGAUGUCUCCUGUACGGGCCAGGAUGCUUACAAGGCUCAUCUCAACGGAGCUAAGCAUCAGAAAGUCCUGAAACUCCACACCAAGAUGGGUAAGCCCAUCCCCUCCUCGGACCCCAUCAAGAUCAACACGGCCACCUCCUCCGCUGCGCCGACAAUGGGAGGCAAGACUGCAGCAUCGGCCCCUACCGUGGGCGCCGCCGCUGCCAAAGCCAAACCGCUGGUCAAGAAAAUAGUCACUCCAAAGAUCACAUUUGUUGGGGGUGCUAAGUUGACCUCCACUACCCUGGAGGCUGACAAGAAGACCGAUGUGAAGAUGGAGACUAGUGCUGCCACUGCAGAGACUGCUGGUGCUACUGCUGAAGUCAAGGACGAGAUGGCGGAGUUUGAGAAGGAGAUCAUCCCCGUGGGAGAGGAUUACAUCGAGGAGAUUAAGAAUGAUGAAGGCAAGCUGCUCAGCUUCAACUGUAAGCUGUGUGAGUGUAAAUUCAACGAUCCCAACGCCAAGGAUAUGCACAUGAAGGGACGUCGCCAUCGUCUGCAGUAUAAGAAAAAAGUGGACCCCAGCUACCAGGUGGACAUGAAGCCGACCUCUCGGACUCGCAAGGCCCAGGAGGAGAAAAUGAGGCGACAGUUUGCCAAGGAGGAGUUCAUGAGACAUCGGGAGGAGGAAAACCGCUGGAAGGAUGAGAUCAGACGCUAUGAGGAGGACAUGUACUGGCGUCGCAUGGAGGAGGAGCGUUACUGGGAGGAGCGUCGCCUCUUUGAUGAGGAGAUGGAGUUCUUUGAGUGGCAGCGUCGCCGCGGCAUCCCGCAUCCCAGGCCUGUCCCACCCAAGAUGCCCGGACAGAUGGACAUCAUGAAACGGCCCGAUUCUGAGAUCGACCGCCACGUCAUGGCAAAACACGCUGCCGUGUACCCAUCGGAGGUUGAGCUCCAGCAAGUGCAGGCCAUGGUGUCCAACUGCGAGAAGGCCCUCAAGAUGGUGUCGGACUUCCUAGCCGAGGCAGACACGCCUAAGGAGAAGGAGGAGCCCAAGGCUGAAGUCAAGACUGAAGUCAAGACUGAGCCCAAGGAAGAUGCGGAGAAGAUGGAAGGAGACGGCCAAGCAGAGAAACCAGACUCCACUGUGCGUGUCCUGAAGGGAGUGAUGCGCAUCGGCGUCCUGGCCAAGGGACUUCUCCUGAAGGGGGAUCUCAACAUGGGCCUGGUGGUACUGUGCGCUGAGAAGCCCACACGCACUCUGCUGGAACGCAUCGCUGACUGCCUGCCCAAGCAACUCAGUGAGGUGACGGAGGACAAGUACGACAUCAAGCUGUGUGUGGAGGAGGCGGGCCUUCUUGUCACCAGCCCAACCUCCAAGAUGACCAUGAAAGUCACGCUGACGUCUCCCGUCAUGCGCGAGGCAGCGGCUGAUGCUGCAGAUACGGCUAAGGACCCACCCGACGUCUUGGACAGGCAAAAAUGCCUAGAAGCCUUGGCUGCAUUACGCCAUGCUAAGUGGUUUCAGGCUAGGGCGACGGGGCUGCAAUCCUGCGUGAUGAUCAUCCGGAUCCUGAGAGAUCUCUGUGAGCGCAUCCCUACUUGGGCACCUCUCAAUGGAUGGCCGAUAGAGCUACUGUGUGAGCGCGUCAUCGCAAGUCGUGGUCAGCCCAUGAGGCCGGGAGAUGCUUUACGUCGCAUCUUUGAAGCAAUCGCUGGAGGGCUGCUUCUACCAAGUGGGCCUGGAUUGUUUGAUCCGUGUGAGAAGGAUCCAACUGAUGCAUUGGCUCAUCUUGACAAGCAGCAAAGCGAGGACAUCACAGCGAGUGCACAGCACGCACUGCGCCUGAUCGUGUUCCGCCAGAUCCACAAGGUGCUCGGCAUGGAGCCCCUAGCGGUGGAGCAGCGCACUCCCAACCGAGGCUUCCGUCGUAAACGCCGUCACAACGAGAGCGAAGGCGGGGAAGACAGCGAAGGAAAAAAAGACAAGAAAGAUGACGCCUCGGAAGAUAAGAUGGAAGCGGCUGAAGUUGCUCCUGAGGCAAGCAAGUAGACAUCUCCCUCGGUGCUGAUUUGACAUUCUAUUUUUGAUCUGAACACGUUAUACGUGGCACACUUCUUUCUUUUUUUGGCCUGGGCCCAAAGUCCUGAAGCUAUGGAGCAGAAAAUAUUGUUCACCAAAACUAUGUGCUAAGCUAAGUCAGCGGAAAACAAGCAGUAUAUACGUUGCAUGGCAGCUUGGCCCGUAACCAGUUCGUUAUAAGCAAAUAUUUCUGUGGUUAGCAAGUUUCAGCAUUAAGCAGCUCAUCAGUUCCACACUGCAUGUUCUGGCCGUGCGCAUUGAUCGCACAAGUACAUACUUUUGUGCACUGAUAUUGAGCACAAGUUGCCGCUGCGCUUGGUCAGGACAUCAUGGGGUGGUGCUAAAUGGAUUGGUUGUACUGGCCCCUGGUCCCGAAACCUAAAACAGGGGUUGAACAGUAUAACUGUCUGCAUGUUUAAAUGGCUUCAAUGAUCCUGACUUUAGGCGUUUUGAGUUUGUGUAGAGUGCACUAUGCAAUGCCGUUGACCCGUGAACCUUGACCUUUGACCUUGCAUUCCUUGAUGGUUAAGAAAUAAAAAUUUGCACUCUUAACAUUUCUGCAUUGAUGUAAACUAAUGCGGUUGAAUGAUAUACAUGGAAAUGAUGUGAAAAGCAAUGCUGUUGUAUUUUGUCUUUUGCAUUCAGCGCACGAUUUGCAUACUUGUGUGUGUUUUUGGUGUGAACCUGUAGCGUUCAUUUGGUAUGUAAAAAAAACUUUAAAUCGGGAGAGAUAGUGGUAUUGUUUUGGAAAAUAAAUGAAGCAUUUUUUUUUAGGGCAAAGGUUCUUUGCAUUAGUGUUAUAUUGUUUGCAGAAUUUGAAAUAAAUUUAGUGUAUUUUGGUCGAUAAAAAGGCCUUUUGAAAUUACAGUCAAGCUGAAUUAAUGGAGCAAAAUGUGGUCCUCGAAAAGUGGGAGAAUUCUAGAUACAUAUGUAAACUACAAACCUGCAGUAAAAGAAAACUAAAUGCAAUGCUGACAUUGGAAACUAAACUACUUGUCGCCAGUAUUAAAAAAAUAAAAAAUUUGUGAGUAACUGCAUUGUAUUAUAAGCCAGCAUUUGUUAGAUACACACUGUAUAUAUUCUGAUUUAUCUGUUUUGUAGAAUUAGUUUUAAUGGAAAAUUUCCCACGCACAAGUGCUUUAGAAUUACAUGGGAGGUUUGUCGAAAAAUGGUCAAUUGUAAAAGUUUUUGUACUUAGUAGCUAUUUAGUUACGUUUUAGUGGAAGUUGUUAACUAGUUUCUGACACUUUUUUAUUCUUUGCAACAGGAUUUUCUUUCAUUUUAAAGACGUAAGUGGUUUUGGGAAAAGCGAUUUAGUCGAAACCCCACCAGAUGUAAUAUUGAUCUUGUGUAAAAAUUACAACCCAAAAUUACAACCCUAAUAUGGAAACAAUUUUGUCGAAGUUGGAGCACAUUGUGAUCGUACGGUAUUAUUAAUGAUUAUUCCGAAUGUUGUGUACUUUGUAGAUUCUUGCAGCUGAUCUUUUCAAUCAUUGUUACCCAAGAAAGUUUUUUCUCUAAAAUUCCUUUGCCUCCAUGUGAAAAAAUAGCCUGCUCUUAAUAUGUACUGGAUAUAGUUAAAUUAGUCUUUUUCCCCAUUGAUUAGGCGAAACAUUUUUUCAAUUUUGUCCCAAGUUUAGACGUGAAAAAUCAAACUAAAACAGUUGUUUAAUCGCUUGAAGUUGAAUUUUUGUCAUUUUACCUUGUAUUGUAAUUCAGUAUGUUUUAUUUACACGUCUAUAACAUCUUCUGGUGAGCAACAAUACAUCAGUGAUACAAAUGGUUUUCUUUCUGUUCUUGAAAAAAAGUGUACUGCGUAAAAGCUGGGUGAAUAAAAUAGUUGGAAGCAGAA